CUCCCCCUUGGGUUCAAUACGCGUUAUGCCGCCGGAGGAAACAAAGAAAGAAAAGGCGGCACUCAGAUAUGCUCCCCUCGCUACUUUCCCGCGACUCCUUCCUGGGUGGGAAUAAAAAAAAACAAAGAAGAAAGAGCGGGCCAUCGAUCGUCAAUCAUCCCCUCCAACCAGCACCUGGCUCGCCACAUCAUGCUGUAGGGCGACAUCCCCAUCCGCCGCAGAUAAACAAACAGACAGUGGUGGCAGGCUGACCAGAGCUAUUUCAACUUCCCUUCUCCCCGCCCUUGUCGCUUCUUCUUCCUCUUCUUUCUUCUUUUUCUUCGCGACUCCAACUCCUUUCAUCCGCAUCGACUGAAUCAAGUCCUCGCUCGCACUCAACCCCAACAUAGCACCCACAACCGCCGUUGCAGUAACCCAUAUCUCACCAAUGCCAGGAAUCCGCGAGCGCGUCAAGGAGUCGAGUGUGUGGAAGGACUUCAAGGAGUUCAUUCAGCGCGGCAACAUUAUCGAUCUCGGUGUGGGUCUCGUUAUUGGAGGUGCAUUCUCGAAAGUCCUUAGCAGCUUUGUCGACGACAUCUUAACCCCUCCUCUGGGUCUUGUUAUUUCGGGCUCCAACUUGGAGAACUGGUUCAUUAUCCUCAGACAUGGUAAGACCCCGGGCAAGCGAUACGAGACAAUUGAUCAGGCUCAAGAGGACGGAGCCGUCACCGAGAAUGUUGGUCGUUUCCUGCAGGUCAGCCUCAACUUCAUCCUGGUGGCCUUGACGUUGUUCAUCAUCAUCUUCACGGCUACAAAGUUCAGAAACUGGCGUCAGGCUCGCCGCGAGAAGCACCACGGCAAUGGCGACGCGGACACGACCAAGCCCGAGCCCGCCCCUGCCUCCGGCGCGACCCAGACGUGCUCUUGGUGCGGGGCCAAUGUUCCCAUCAAGGCUGUCAAGUGCAUGUACUGUACUAGCUUCUUGCACGAGAAGGUUCCUCUUGAAAUGUUGAGCAAGCAGCCGCAGGCAGCCCUGAUUGAGCUCGACGGAUAAAAAGUAGAAUAAAUCCCACAAGUGUAGUGUACAUACGGCAGACGACAAUAAAUUAUUAUUUUUUUGCUCC